CACACCCUAGUCGGGAGGUGGCCCAACCGGUCCGGCCGGGAGCACGGGGGCGGGCCGACCCGGUCUGGCCUGCGAAGCCAAGCCGGGGUUAUGAGUGGACCCCACCCCGCCCCGCCCCGCCCCCUUGAAGAUGAUCCUGGAGAGACCGGAAUGCCAGGCUGGGGAUGGGGCCGGGCCGGGGCGGCCCGGGCAGGAGGGGAGUCGGGCGGCCAGCUCGGUGCGGGCCAGAGUGCCCGCUGCUUCCCCCCGGGACAGGUUUCCGAUGCCGUGUCCUCUGUCCUGCCUCCGCUGGCCCCGGGGCCCAUCCCGUUCCUGGUCCAUCCCCAGCUCUCCGGCUGCCAGUUCCAACACACGCUCCCCCCGGGGGGAGGGAGAGGAAGAGGAUGAGGACGGGGGUCCUGGGCCGGGCCUCGCAGAGGCGGAGUCCCCCAUCCUGCCGCCGCCCUCCCCCUUGGACUGCCUCAUCUGCGUGUCCCCCUUCGACGGGGUUUUCAAGCUGCCCAAGCGCCUGGCCUGCGGCCACGUCUUCUGCCUCGAGUGCCUGGCGCGGCUGUCGCUGGCCACGGUGGGCAGCGGGGAGGCCGUGGCGUGCCCCAUGUGCCGGGCGCCCACCCGCCUGCCCCCCCGCCGCGGGCCCCCCGCCCUGCCCACGGAGCCCCGGCUCCUGCCCCGCGACGCCCAGAGCCCCGGGCUGGGCCCGGACUCGGUCCGCUUCGACCGCCGCCGCGGCCUCCUUUACCUGCGGCCGCCCUCCUCGGGCCCGAGCUCGGCCAAGGCCCGCGAGGGCCCGCCGCUGCCCCCGCCUCUGCGGCUGGGCCGGCCGCAGACCCGGCCCCUGGGCUGGGACCGCUCCACGUGGGCCUUCCACGCGGCCGUCACGCUGGCCGUGCUGGUGACGGCGGGGCUGGUGGUGUCCGGGGUGUACAUCUUCUUCCUCAUCCCCCACGCCGCCUCGCACGCCGUCAUCCUCCCGCACCUGCCGCCCACGCCCACCAACUCCUCCUGGUUCCUGGCGCCGGUGACGGCCCCGCCCCCGCCCCCGCCCCCGGAGCGGACCCAGCCGGGAGAAGGCCCCGGGGACUCGCCCGGACCUCCGCCUGGAGGGUCUCAAGCAGGCGCUGCGCCCGCCGGGUCCCGCGAAGGACAGACUGCUGAUGGUGGCCCCCUGGGGGGCUGAGAGCCGAUCCGGCUCAUAGGUGGGGAAACUGAGGCAGCCCGAGGAGAUGGGCAGGGUUGGCUGGCACGGUCACCGUGGGCCCCACGUCUGGGCUUCCACCCCUGGAAUGAUCUGUACAAUUCCCCCAUUUUCUAGAGAAGUAAGCUGAGGCCCCAAAAAGGCCUCAGGUCCUGCAAGUAGUGGCCCCGAGUCAGGGGAGAACUAGUCUCCUCUCUGGGCGGGGAUCGCUGAGCCGGCCCCCCGGCCAUCCUCCGGGCUGCCUUCCCAAGCCCGGCCGCACAGCGGCGCGGGGACCCCUAAAUACGCGCGUCAGCUCCCUGAGGUCACGAGGGGGGGGCACGGCCAGGAAGCUCCCCGGCCCCCCAAGCCCCGCUUCCCUUCGCACAAGCCAGGGAGCUCUGCCAGGCUCGGGAGGAUCGGCUAGGCGUUUGUAAUAAAGGCCUGUGGACUGACUAACUGACGGAUUCCCGGCGGCGUCACUGCGGCUUCCCGGUUCUUCCUGCCCGUCCCUGGGA